AUGAGCCACCACCGAUGGCUCUUGACCAUCCUGCUAGUAGUGGUGCUCCUGUGCAGUAGAGACUGUCAAGCAGCUACAAGUGGAUCAUUGGAAGAAGAGGCAACUUGUCCACAAUCAUCGUCGACCACUACAACCGGAUCUUGUACUAGUAGGCAAGACAAAGAUGUAAUGGCCCAAGCGGCAGACUUUCACGCCUUUAUUCGACACAUGUUUGAUACCAUUGAUGCCCAUGCUGCCACACUGACCAAACCGGACUUGAGGGCACAAGAAUCUCUAAUCCUGACAACCUGGCUCAACUACUUUGGCAUGGACCCUGCUGUCAUUACCCAAACACCCGCUCCCGAAAAUUGGCUGGAAACAGUGUACAUGCAUACCAAGCAACUGGCACCCUCGUUAUUCUUCAAGGUGUGGGAUGAACGGGCGAGGCCAACGCAAGAAGAAAUCCAAGUGCUCUUGGCCAUUGAUGAUUCGGCGGCGGUAGAAGCGGCCCGACAGGAACAUGACUAUGCCAACGUUCUCAUGAAUUAUUUAUUCAUGGAGUUUCGACAUCGAGGAUUUACCAUGGCCUUGUUGGAUACCUUUUGUCGUGUCAUGUUGGGACCCCUCAAGACGGUUGCCUACGCCAUUCCCUCCCAACAAAAUAUAGACUUGAUCGCCCAGUACGAACCUCUCAUUGAGGUGGGUGCUGGAACCGGAUACUGGAGUGCCAUCUUGCAACGACAAAAUGUGACCAUUACACCCUACGAUGCCGAUCCACCCCAAGAAGAAGGGGGAAUAUACUUUGAUCGGACUUACACACAUGUCCAAAAGGGAACUUGUUUGGAUGUAUUUCACAAGGACAACAACAAAAACAUAAUGACUAAUCACACACUCUUGCUGGUAUGGCCCAACAAUCCAGACAAUGUCGACAAUGCGCCCGAGUUUCAUUCCUCUCGACUACCUCCAGUUUGGGAUACUGCCUGUGUCCAAGCCUUUUUAGAGGCCGGAGGGACAACUGUGAUUUUGGUAGCGGAACGAGAGGAUAACAUUCACAUACUACCAAGUCAUCCUCAAAAUCCAACCCAACCAGAUUCUGGAUUGUGUGCCACUCGAGCCCUGCAAACGUUGUUACGGACAGAGUUUGAUCUGGUUCAUCAAAUGGACAUUCCAACGUGGUAUUACAGUGAUGAUCUGACUGUCUGGGUCAAGAAAACAGAAAGCAAGAAGUGA